CCCGAGCGAGUCGGCCCAGGCGGCGCAGCCUGCUGCUCCCCCGCGCCCUAUGUGAGGGACUCGGGGAGGCCCGCGGCGCGCCGGGGAGGGCGAGGCAUGUGCACGGGCCGGAGGGUGCUGAGGCCGCCCGAGGAAGAGGAGGACGGCGGCGGCGGCGAGGAGAGCGGGGGGCUCGCGGCGGCGGGCCCGGGCCGAGGGGAUGCAGCGGACUGUGUGUGUCUGACUGUAGCUGACGCGAGGCGGCGAGGAGGCGCCGGAGAUCCGCCAAAGGGGCAACCAGGGGGCGGCCGCGGUGGCGGCCGCGAGAAGUAGCAGCAGGACGGGCGGCGGCGGCGGCGGAGACGGCAGCCUUGAGAUGCAUUUUCUUCUCCAGCGGCCAUGUUAACCAGGAAACCUUCGGCCGCCGCUCCCGCCGCCUACCCGACCGGCCGAGGAGGGGACAGCGCCGUCCGCCAGCUUCAGGCUUCCCCGGGGCUUGGUGCGGGGGCCCCCCGGAGCGGAGUGGGGACCGGCCCGCCCUCCCCCAUCGCCCUGCCGCCUCUCCGAGCCAGCAACGCUGCCACCGCAGCCCACACGAUUGGCGGCAGUAAGCACACAAUGAAUGACCACCUACACGUCAGCAGCCACGGACAGAUCCAGGUUCAGCAGCUGUUUGAGGAUAACAGUAACAAGCGGACAGUGCUCACGACACAACCAAAUGGGCUUACCACGGUGGGCAAAACGGGGUUGCCCGUGGUGCCGGAGCGGCAGCUGGAGAGCAUCCACAGACGGCAGGGGAGUUCCACCUCUCUGAAGUCUCUGGAAGGCAUGGGGAAGGUGAAAGCCACACCCAUGACGCCUGAGCAAGCAAUGAAGCAAUACAUGCAAAAACUAACCAGCUUUGAACACCAUGAGAUUUUCAGCUACCCUGAAAUAUACUUCUUGGGUCCAAAUGCAAAGAAGCGCCAGGGCAUGACAGGCGGGCCCAACAACGGUGGCUACGAUGACGACCAGGGAUCCUACGUGCAGGUGCCCCACGAUCACGUGGCUUACAGGUACGAGGUCCUCAAGGUCAUUGGGAAGGGGAGCUUUGGGCAGGUGGUCAAGGCCUAUGACCACAAAGUCCACCAGCAUGUGGCCCUGAAGAUGGUGCGGAACGAGAAGCGCUUCCACCGGCAGGCGGCCGAGGAGAUCCGCAUCCUGGAGCAUCUGCGCAAGCAGGACAAGGACAACACCAUGAACGUCAUCCACAUGCUGGAGAACUUCACCUUCCGCAACCACAUCUGCAUGACGUUCGAGCUGCUCAGCAUGAACCUCUAUGAGCUCAUCAAGAAGAACAAGUUCCAGGGCUUUAGUCUGCCUCUGGUUCGCAAGUUCGCCCACUCCAUCCUGCAGUGCCUGGACGCUUUGCACAAAAACAGGAUAAUUCACUGUGACUUGAAGCCCGAGAACAUUUUGUUGAAGCAGCAGGGUAGAAGCGGGAUUAAAGUGAUUGAUUUUGGCUCCAGUUGUUACGAGCACCAGCGGGUCUACACAUACAUCCAAUCCCGUUUCUACCGGGCCCCGGAAGUGAUCCUCGGCGCCAGGUAUGGCAUGCCCAUCGACAUGUGGAGCCUGGGCUGCAUCCUCGCAGAGCUCCUGACCGGUUACCCCCUCUUGCCUGGGGAGGAUGAAGGGGACCAGCUGGCCUGUAUGAUUGAACUGCUGGGCAUGCCCUCCCAGAAACUGCUGGAUGCAUCCAAACGAGCCAAAAAUUUUGUGAGCUCCAAGGGUUAUCCCCGUUACUGCACUGUCACGACUCUCUCAGAUGGCUCUGUGGUUCUCAAUGGUGGCCGCUCCCGGAGAGGGAAACUGAGGGGCCCACCAGAGAGCAGAGAGUGGGGGAAUGCACUGAAGGGGUGUGACGAUCCCCUCUUCCUUGACUUCUUAAAACAGUGUUUAGAAUGGGAUCCUGCAGUUCGCAUGACCCCUGGCCAGGCUUUGCGGCACCCCUGGCUGAGGAGGCGGCUGCCAAAGCCUCCGACGGGGGAGAAGACGUCUGUGAAGAGGAUCACCGAGAGCACUGGUGCUAUCACAUCCAUUUCCAAGUUACCUCCACCUUCCAGCUCAGCUUCCAAACUGAGGACUAAUCUGGCACAGAUGACAGAUGCUAAUGGGAAUAUUCAGCAGAGGACAGUAUUGCCAAAACUGGUUAGCUGAGCUGAGCCCCCCGAUGCUGGUAAUUCUGAAAGAUACGACAUUGCUGAGCCUUAUUGGGUUGAAAAAGAGUAGCUCAGACCGGUUUUUAUUUGCUUAAUAACUCGACUCAUUUGUAUCUUUUCGGCACUUGUUUUAAUGUAAGAAAGUUGUUUGUUUUGUUUUAUAAAAUACAUGGGGACAAUGCUUUAAGUUUUUAUACUUUCUCUGAAACUGUUUUUGUGUUCUAAAAGUACGAUGAGCCUUACUGUAAUUAGUGUGGCAGAGUAAUAAACAUCAGUGGCAGGCCAUUGAUCACGUCAUGACUGCCGCGCAUCUACA